CCCUCAUCGCUCGUGAUCUCGGUGAAGACGCCGCCGAAGUGUUCCGUCGUGAUUUAGCAGACGAAGCCGACAUUCUCGUCGCUCGUAAUCCCGAGCCAGAGCCCGAACCUGAACCUAGGGGUGGAGGUGGACAUGGUGGAAGUUAUCAUCACCACCACGAGAGGGAUGUUGUUGAUGAGGAGAAUGUUCUCGUCGCGAGGGAGCCUGAGCCGGAGCCUGAGCCCCGUGGUGGAGGUGGUCAUGGUAGCUACCACUCCCACUACGCUCGUGAUGUCGAUGAGGCCCUUCAAGACGUUGUCGCUCGUGACUUUGAAGAGGAGGUCGUUGAAGAGUUGGCCGCUCGUGAUCUUGGAGAAGAGGUCGUUGAAGAAUUGGCCGCCCGUGAUCUCGGAGAGGAGGAGAUGGAAGAACUCGCCGCUCGUGACGUUGCCGAACCCGAGUUGGAGCAACUGGAUUAA